AUGAGAGAUGAAAUAGCAACAACAGUCUUCUUUGUCACAAGAUUAGCAAAAAAACAUGAUAAAUUGAGUAAACAACAGAUAGAAGACUUUGCAGAAAAGUUGAUGGCUAUCUUGUUUGAAACAUACAGAAGCCACUGGCACUCUGAUCACCCUUCUAAAGGGCAAGCCUUCAGGUGUAUCAGGAUAAACAAUAAUCAGAAUAAAGAUCCUAUUCUAGAAAGGGCUUGUGCUGAAAGUAAUGUGGAUUUUUCUCACCUGGGACUUCCAAAGGAGAUGACCAUAUGGGUAGAUCCCUUUGAAGUGUGCUGUAGGUAUGGUGAGAAAAAUCAUCCAUUUACAAUUGCUUCUUUCAAAGACAGAUGGGAGGAAUGGGAAUUAUCCCAACAAAUCAGUGAUGCUGUUAAUAGAGCCACAUUAGACUACUCCUCUGGCACUUCCUCUGAUGAAGAAAGUUGUAACAAAGAACCUCAGAUAAUUCCUAAAGUCAGCAAUCCAAAGAGUAUUUAUCAGGUUGAAAACUUGAAACAACCCUUUCAAUCUUGGUUCCAUAUCCCCCCAAAAAAGAAUAUGGGGGAUGGCCGAAUGGGCCUCCUAGGAAAUGCUUAUCAUGCAUUGCAUAAUAUCCCUAAGGGUCACAGGCCUGCUCCUGGGCACCGGGUGGACAGGUACCACUGGGUCAACACACACCGAUAG